AUGACUGACUCCUUAGUUCCAGAUGGCGUGACUGACUCCUUGGCUCCAGGAUGGCAAUUGAUUUUAAGGCAUUGCCCAUCACAUUCUCGUGCUUUGCAUGUCAAAAGUACCAUUGAGGAGUCUGAACCAAUCCCAUAUGCUCCAAGAGGUAUAGACAAAUUGGAACCUAAACAUGUCCGAUUGAAAUUUCUGGAAAAGAGAAAAGCAACAAAUAAUGAUCAAGAUGAUGGUAUCCUAUCCAAAAAGGUGAACCAAAACAUAGAAUUGUAUAUCCCAGAGGCUUCUUGGACAGCUCUUGCUGACAUACUUCUGGAAAUCUUACUUCCAUUGAGUGGAUCUGGUUGUGAACAAGAGCCNUGUAUCCCAGAGGCUUCUUGGAUAGCUCUUGCUGACAUACUUCUGGAAAUCUUACUUCCAUUGAGUGGAUCUGGUUGUGAACAAGAGCCUGAGAAUUAG